CGGGGAUGGGCGGCUGAGGCAGCGGAGGCCCAGCGCGCGGGGCGCCGCCCGGGAGCGCCAGCUGCCAGGGACAAGGCAGCGACCCAGUGUGCUGAGCGGCCCAGCGCGAAGAGUCACCAUCCACAUAAUGGAUUUUAUAGAUCAUAUUUCUCUAUUCUGGGUAUCAGUAACAAUACAGAAAGUAUACUUAAUUUCUCAUUUCUACAAGUAUUCAUGACUAUUAAAGAAAAUCUUCAAGCUACAGCAGAGUUCAUUUUGGUACCGUUUUUGGAAAUCCUGAUUUUAACUUUUUGCUAAAGGUAUGAAAAAGCAAAGAACUUAUUAGGCAAAUCCACAUCAAUAAGAAUGUCUAGAAGAGGAUCAGUUCUUCACAUCAGGACCCACUGGCUACUAUUGGGCCUCGCUUUGCUCUGCAGUUUGGUAUUAUUUAUAUACCUUCUGGAAUGUGCCCCCCAGACUGAUGGAAAUGCAUCUCUUCCUGGUUUUGUUGGGGAAAAUUAUGGUAAAGAAUAUUAUCAAGCCCUCCUACAGGAGCAAGAAGAACAUUAUCAAACCAGGGCAACCAGUUUGAAACGCCAAAUUGCCCAGCUAAAACAAGAAUUACAAGAAAUGAGUGAGAAAAUGAGAUCAUUGCAAGAGAAAAAGAAUAUAGGAGCUAAUGGCAUAGGCUACCAAGGCAACAAAGAACAAGCACCUAGUGACCUUUUAGAGUUUCUUCAUUCUCAGAUUGAUAAAGCUGAAGUUAGCAUAGGAGCCAAACUACCCAGUGAGUAUGGAGUCAUUCCCUUUGAAAGUUUUACAUUAAUGAAAGUAUUUCAGUUGGAAAUGGGUCUCACUCGUCAUCCUGAAGAAAAGCCAGUUAGAAAAGACAAACGAGAUGAAUUGGUAGAAGUUAUUGAAGCUGGCUUGGAGGUCAUUAACAAUCCUGAUGAAGAUGAUGAACAGGAAGAUGAGGAGGGUCCCCUUGGAGAGAAACUGAUAUUUAAUGAAAAUGACUUCAUAGAAGGUUAUUAUCGCACUGAGAAAGAUAAGGGAACACAGUAUGAACUCUUUUUUAAGAAAGAAGACCUUAUGGAAUAUAGACAUGUGACCCUCUUCCGUCCUUUUGGACCUCUCAUGAAAGUGAAGAGUGAAGCAAUUGACAUUACUAGAUCAGUUAUUAAUAUCAUUGUGCCUCUUGCUGAAAGAACUGAAGCAUUUGCCCAGUUUAUGCAGAACUUCAGGGAUGUUUGUAUUCAUCAGGACAAGAGGAUUCAUCUCACAGUGGUGUAUUUUGGUAAAGAAGGUCUAUCUAAAGUCAAGUCUAUCCUAGAAUCUGUCACAAGAUUGGCUUCUUCCACAUGGUGAGGGAUAUGGCUGUUGGCGGCUCUGGGCUCACAUCUUCUCAGCUUUGCCAUCAGAGAGGACUGAGCUUUCUCCCAGCUCCAGUUGAGAAAAUCCCAGGGAAGGACAUUUUCCCACUCUUGAGCCAAUCACUAUGGCCAGGUGGGGUGGAGGUUUUACAGUUGGCACCACUUGAGCCUGGCCCCCACCAUUAGAAAGUACUGUGGUUGGGGUUGGAAGAUUGAGGGGCAUUCUGUGAUCAGUCCUCCACGUGGUGCUGGGCAUACAGGGUGGUAAUGGGCAGUCUCCCCAAAAGAAGGGAGAGAUUUAUAUGCCAUAAGAUAAGGAGACAAGUUUUGGGCACCCAGAGCACUUGGAGUCUAUUCCAUGCACUGUGUGAGCCUUUGCUUCAAUCUCUCCAUUACCCAUGCUGUGCUGUUGUAAAGGGAAUCUUCCUCGUGUCCUUUUUUUUUUUUUUGAUCCAGAAGUAUUCUAGUGCAAGUGGAUCUCCAAAAUUAGUGUCAGAGGCACCUGAGGGCUCAUUAAAAGUAGAGGGUUGACUCCACCCUUCACCUUUGAGUCAGUGAGUCUGAAGUGGAGCCUGAAAAUUUGCACCUAAUUCCUUGCCAGGAGGAUCUAAUGCUGUGGGUUUGGGGGCCUCACUGUGAUAACCAUUGCCCUAGCAGAUAUCCCUGCUGACUGCCCCUUGCCUUUAGAAUAUUAACCAAGUUCCUUCUGACCCUCCUCUUAUUCUUCUAGUCCUUUAGUCUGACCUUCUUUUCAUUGUUCUCUUUUUAGGGUCCCUUUGUUCCCAUCUGAUUUGUCUGACUCCUAAGUACUUUCUCUAAAAUGUUUUCUAUUUUCUCACCUGUUUGCUUUUAAGAAUAAUUAUUUGGAAUGACGUUUGUACUCGCCAUGAAUUCAGGAUUCUAACCAAGAUGUAACUCAAAUUCUACUUCUGAUAUCUCUACUCCAGACAGAAGCAAUCUCUUCCCAUAAUUGCUGUUCAUUCGUUCAGCAAAUAUUGAACUAUUCUUGAAGGGCACUAUGUGAUAGUGAUGCACAAAACAAAACCCCUUCUCAUGUGGAACUGGGGAGGCACCCAAGUAAACAUGUCUGGUGGUAGUGAGGAAAGCAGCUGUAGAAGAAGGCAGAAAUUGAAGUGCAGGAGAUUGGGCUACUUCCUAUGUGUUGUCAAGGAGGAUCCCUUUGACAAAGGGGUAUUUGCACAGAGACAUAAAGGAGGUGAGAGAAGAGCACUCUUUGGUGUACCAAACGUGCAGCAAUAUUAUUAGUUACCAAACAUUAUAGGUAAUUUUCCAUGUUUGUAUUUCUUAUCUCCCCAAUGGGUUUUUAAGAUUUCAAAGGGCAGUGGUGACUUUUUAAAUCUUAUACCACUAGCAUGUUGCCUCAAAUGUGAUGAAUUAGUAAAUAUUUGUCCCUGAUACAGAUUAGGGAGGGAAUGAUGAGGGACUUGAAGCAGAUAAUUUCCUUUCCCUAUAUGAAUGUAGAACCAAUAAAAGUACUUGAAGUAUAAAAUAGUUUGUAAGUUCUGUUGAAGGAAAAGCAUUAACUUUAAGUGGGACUUACCUUUUG